GAUCGGAUAACAGUCGGAUGCCUGUGUGACUUUAAAACGUGCUUGAAACUUUGUUGUCCGCUGGAAAAGGCCUGGUACGAACAAAGCUGUGUGGAGGAUGAUACCGUUUACAUCUUCCCUAAAAUAAAAACUCUCAUCGACGAUGGGCAGAAGAACCUGACGCUGCAGGAUUUUCACAUCGUCCCUGAUUAUCCUUGCGGUUUUGGCUGGGCGACGCUGGAUGUGCUGGAAAAUUUCUACGCUUUUCCCAACGGUUCGAUUUAUACGCCGGAUUUUUACGGAAGUAAAUCUCACGGAUUUGACAAUUACUGCCUUUUACGGAAUCCGAAUUCUUCCGUAUAUUUGGCGGUGGUAUGUUACCCUAAAGCCAGCAUGAACUACUGGGACACCAUUUGUUGGUCAAUCCAAUUUAUCAUAAUUUUGGCAGUAUUCGUUUGCUACACCAUAGUACCUGAACUGAGGACUUUUCAUGGAAUGAUAGUUCGCUCCUAUAUCGCCGCCUACGUUGGACUCUACCUCGGUGCCUUGGGAAUAAUGAUUACAAAUGGGUUAAGAGACUAUGUCCAGCUGAAUAUCCUCAGUGAAAUUGUCGUACAAUAUUGUGACAUCGCCAGCGUCCUUUGGCUGAACGUGAUGAGCGUUAAUAUUUGGAGAACGUUUCGUUUUCACUUGUUGCAGAAGCGUGAAGUCUGCCGACUCAAAUGUAGAUCAGCGUAACCAGAAAAAAUUCGUCCUUUGCAUGAUCUACGCUUGGGGAACACCGGCUGUUAUUGUUUUAAGUUCCGUAGCUGUAAUGCGCUACGUCCCGUAUUUCCACAAUGAAAUAUUUGGCCUGACUUUUACCUGGUGGACCAGCUUGACUUUCAGCAGCGUCGUUUAUAUGUGCAACACGUUGUUGUACAUCGUCACUGUGAUUACGAUAAAGCGACAGAAGAAGGACACGGCGCUACUGACUAUCGACGUGAACAAACAUCACGAAACCACUAACCAAUGGUGUAGAACGUACGUGAAAUUGUUGACAAUAAUGACAGGUCAUAUGGGAGGUUUCACAGUGGUCUGGGCCGUUUGUAUAAUUUGGCCGACACCAGCGUUGAUUCACUCUUUUACCACAUUAGGAAUGGUGCAAAGCGUGUUCAUAUUCACGCUUUUCCUUUGGCAAGACCAUAUGAAACGCGCGAUUUCAAAACAGCUAUGUAUAAGGGUGCAGCGUUUGCGAAACUUUUUCGUCAGAAGUAAACCAAGGAUUACAACUGAUUGUGAGAGUUGAACAAUAUCAAUUACGAUAGCUUUAAAUGCCGCACAAACUGUCGUAUUAACAAUCGAUAACAAUAUGCACGCGUGUACUUUACGUGGGUAUAAAAAAGAUGCUUGAUUCGCAGUAGUUAAGAGAACUGCGGUGUUGAGUCAAGUUUAAUGUCAUCAACGUCAUUCUGUAGUAGCUGGUGUUGCAGAAAUACUGGUGCGACAAUAAUACGACUCUUGUGUUACAAUUUCAAUGAUUAACCAUGUUCACAUUUCACUAUUACGUGAAAUGUGACCUCUGGUGGAAGACAUGUGGUCGAUAAAAAAAAUUCGUAAAUACGAACAACAACCUAACAUUAAGACCAUUUGGUCGAAGAGCAGUGUUAUUUCUUUUCAAACAAUACGUGUCUACAAAUAAACACGCUAAAAGGAUUAAACGUAUUCACGGUAACAUUAUACGUUGUUGUGAAUGUGUGACGUAAUACGUAAAAAUUUGCCCAAUCACAUACGUUAGCCAUUGAGCUAUAAGUGCGUUGUAUUGUGCGUUGCCUGUUUCUACGAAAUGUUCUUACGUCAGCUUUGAAUGUGAUUACCUUUAAUAUGAUAAGUAUGAAAAUCAUUUCCAAAUUUACUCAGCUUGUGUGGUAAAUCUACUCUAUUUAUCAGUAUUUCCGCUCAGAUUAACUGAACGAUUGAUUAGUGUGUAGGAAAAUAAAUCAUAAUAUGUAUACGUUAAAACUAGUCACAUGGAUUGUUCGAAAUCUCGAUUAAAAUUAAAGAAGCUAGCAGUUCAGUAGAGCCUCGAUAGUUUAACUACACUUUGUCGUCGUAAUUUUUCAUAUUCUUAUGAAUUAGUUAUCUUCUUCGAUCUUCAAUAAACACCCAACUAGUCGGAUGUUUACAUUUUUUUUUAAUUGAUCAUAUUCUGGGCUCUGGACUAUUUUUUACUACUGUUACACCACGAGUCUGAUGUAAAGAGCAGAAAUGAUCGAGAAUUGACUGUAUUAAGUAACGCUAUUUAAAUUGUAUUUAUUAUAAUGCUUCUUUUUAAUAUCAAGAACGAUGAAGUACGGUGCAGACUACGAAAUUUUUUGAACAUUAUGGAUCACUAUUCGUAAUAUCUUACAAUAAAUGGGAAUUUCUAUAUUUAUCAUUACAGGUGUUCACGUAUGGAAGACACGUUUCUUAACUUCCAAAAUCACGUUUUUACCACAUGAUAACUACCUGUUUAUGAAUUCCGUGGACAUACAUACGGAGCGUCCGAUUUCAACUUAAACAGCUGAAUAAGUGAAAAAAUUGCAGCCAAUCGAAAAAGGUUCAAAAUAAAAUUUGUUGGGUAUCGAGGGGUUGACCCAACUAUGACCUUUAUUCUGGCAUUGACCUUCAUUUUUAAGGUUAUUUGAAAGUCAAUUUGUGUUUUUCAAAUGAAAACCCCUAUUGGCAUGGGUCAGCCUCUCGACACCCAAUAACUUUUAUUUGAAACAUUUUUUGAUUGGCUUGCAAUUUUUUGUUAUUCAGCUAUCUAAGUUAAAAUGAGACACCCUGUAUUUUGUACAAUCUGUUUAGUGCUCUCCGUGCUCUCAGAUAUAUUUUUCAUUGACGUCUAGAUCAGCGUCAGAUAAACAAUGUUGAGCGAAUAUGUGUAGAUACCAGCAUGUAUCUUGCAUGUAUCAAUUUUCAUGCGCCAUCUUACGGUAGAAAUUGAAACUAUUUCGAGGAAUCCAGUUUUGACAAUACAGCGACUAUCUAUCUGUCUGUCCAUCACGUGAAAUUAGUGGCAUCGAACGCCGCCAGGUGACAGAGAGCAGACGCUUUUUGGAGUUUGUUUUCUGAAGCAUAACCUAACAUCGUUAACCGCACUUAAUUCGCCGAAAUGCAUUGUUUUGCGCUGAAAACUUGUCGCAUUACGGCAAGCUCGUUCAGUGGUGCUGCAAGAAUUGUUAAACCAGGAUCUACAUCUUUGAGAUGUUUGAGCAGUGAUAAACCCACGACAGAAACGCCCGUGUCCGAGGCAACGGAUUCAAACGUCGAGAAGCCGAAACUGAGUGGAUUUGCUCAAGCUUUCGAAAAAUACACAGCCCCGGCGCCCGAGGUCGUCAAUGCUCCAAAAUCCUUCGCUACGUUGCUCCGUCACUCAAAAUUCAUCGAUCUUGGUGAUCCACAGGGAAAAGUAGUAAUUGGUCAAAUAUUCCAUAUCGUCAAAGAUGAUCUGUAUAUUGAUUUUGGAUGGAAAUUUCACUGCGUCUGUCCACGGCCCUCGAGAAACGGAGAAAAUUAUGUCGAAGGAGCUAGAGUACGCCUGAGAAUAAAGGACCUUGAAUUAUCAACUCGGUUUUUAGGCGCCACUAAAGAUCUCACAAUUUUGGAAGCAGACUGUACGCUUCUGGGUUUAAUGUCAUACUCUGCGGAACAGACGCAUGAAAAUAGACCCACAAUAGAAGCGCAAUAAUGGUUGUAAUACAGUUUCCAGAAAAAUUAAGUAUUUCUUAUCCUUGGAAAAUGAAACAAAAUAACACUCGAUCACCUCUGCAGAUUACAGUGAAUGAUUACUACCUUUGUAAAUACUCAUUACUCUGCUGGGGCAGGGUUAAGGUUCUGAAUUUCAAUAGUUCCGAAAGCAUCUAAUUCCGAAUUAUUUGGUGGUGAAACUUGAAGUAAAGAAAUAAAACUUUUAUAUAACAAUAAAGUUUCGAAGGGUCGGAAACCCAUCGACUCAAAAAUAAUUCAAGUUAUGAUAGAGUAAAGUUCCAAUGGAGCAAAAUUCCGAGAAGUAAAAUAUAUUAUUGCAGCGUAGUUUACUCAACGAGUGGGUAUAAAAAAUCAGAAAAACCAAAAUAACAAAACGAAAGAUCAACGUAAUGAAAUUCCACCAAGCCAGAAACUCACAGAACUGAGAAUCUUUCAUCAUUCGGAAUUUCCAUAUUUUAGAUUUUUAAAUUUUCUCAUUUUCGCACUUUCACAACUUUGACUUGUCCGAGUUGUACUUUCAGUAUCUUUCAAAUUCGGAAUUUCAACCCUGCCCCAUUCUGCUCGUCAAUUUUGUUGGAGGAAGAAAAGAUAAUAAGUUUUAUAUUAGAUUUCGCAUAAAAUGAUCAAUGAAUUCGGUUUCAAUUGUUGAGAACAAAAUCAAUUCACGCAAAUACAAUGAGUCUCUGUUAUUCUCUGAAUAACAUAAACGCCAGCAAGUGUUUCUCAUAAAUGAUGACACCAUUUGUAGAAAACUGUUGUGAAUUGAUUAGAGCUGAAUUUCAUGAAAAAUUGUGUCACCUAGUUACAGUGGUUUUAAUAAAGAAUGUACAUAGUUGCAUCUAGUUCGAAGUUCGUGUUUAACUUUUCAAAAGCUCACAAAACAGUCACAAUAGGCAUUCAUGGUUCUUGGUCAUUUUUAUUCAAAUUAUACAGCAAAGAACAAACUUGGUCAAAGCCUGAAUGAACUCGGGGAUUCUUUACCUUCAAGUUUCAGCUACACAUUUUUUGUAAUCCUUUGGCCCUUAUUUUCACUAUUACUUUUCUUUAAAUAAUAAUAGUAAUUACAGAUUUCAGUUGAUGCGAAAAGUGAAAAUGUGUUUGAAAGGAGAGAGCCGUCACUCAAACUGCUGUUCAUCUAGAUUGUAACAGGAAUUUUAUUGUUAUAAAUUAUUGGUACAUAUAUGGUACAGCUGUUUCCAUAUUCAAUCUCUACAUCAUUGAGUGAGCACAUUAGCAGCUUUCGAUUAAUCAGGAAUAGCUUCAAGUCCCUGUAAGAAAGAUAUCAAGAAUUACUGGCAUUCACAGUCACAUAGUCUAAAUGAUUAGCAGAAAGAACAAGUUGAGAGAAAAUUGAGGCAAAUUGUAUUUAAUUAUAUGAUUCAGAACUGAUGGUUAAUGAAAAAAUGAAUAAAUUCAUCAACUUACAGGUGCUUCGUAAGGCCGACCAUCCGUCAGCCGACCGUCCCUCAUGUACAAGUGGCGGUCCCAUCGAUAGCGCAUUUCUCUUUUGUACGGCUGUAAUCACAAAUGAGAGUGAGACGAAAACUAGUUCACAUUGUAAGAAAUCAAACUAGCAGAGUAAACCGAAUCCAGCUUUUUUGCACUAGCUGAAAGUGGAAUUAACGUUUUUUCAUCGUCAACGACAGUUUGCGUUCAAUUGAUUCGGUACCCCGAGACCAUUGACUUGACCGAGUGAUUCUCCUCACAAAAUCAAUCGCUGUUCUUUAAUUAUCUUUUAUCGCAAAUGUAUGGUAUCGAAUCUUCCAGCUUGUGACAGUGAAAUGGGGACUGAUACAUGAAGGUUAUGUAAAGCAAAACUGUGUCUUACGUUUCCGAGAACGGCUUUGUUCAUGAAGUACAUUGCGUAUCCAGGAAUCGCCAUGGCAACGGUCAUGAUGGCAUAUGAUGGUAAAAUUUCAUACCACAUUUUAUUUUCAACUUAUUCGAAUAA